AUGGCAGAUUUACCAUCACAACAACCAUUCACCAAAAUUGUCCCCAAAAAUGAAAAAUCCAUCAGGUUUGUUACGUUUAAUGUAAAUGGUGUCAAGACAGUAUUUAAUUAUCACCCUUGGAACAAAAUCGAUAAUGAUUUCAAUACCAUGUUUGAUUUACUACAAGCAGACGUGAUUACGUUACAAGAAUUGAAGCUUACUGAACAGUCUUUGAGUACAUUAAAAAACAUUGGUCAUUUGAAAGAUUAUAAAUCUUUUAUAAGUCUACCGACAAAAAAGAAGGGUUAUAGUGGAGUUGGUCUCUUUGUGCGGAUUCCUAAAACACCAUUACAACAAAAAUAUCUAACUGUUGUCAAGGCGGAAGAAGGUUUGACUGGUUGGUUGGCUGAUAAAAGUGGGAAACUGUAUAGACUACAAAAUGACAAUAUUGGUGGGUAUACCGACAUUGAUGAAAAGCAGGGUUUACAAAUAGAUAGUGAAGGACGAUGCGUUGUUGUCGAGUUGGUAAACAACUGCGUCGUUUUCGCAUUAUAUUGUCCAGCAAAUUCACUGGGUACAGAUGAAGGAGAAGAGUUUAGGCUACGGUUCUUACAACAGUUGUUGAAACGAUGUCACAAUUUGAAGUUCAAGCAAGGUAAAGAUGUUAUUAUCAUGGGUGAUAUAAAUGUAUGUCUUGAUUUGAUUGAUAGUGCCGAGGGUAUAAAUGAUAGACUAGUAGCGAAACAAAUCACUGAUAUAUCUGAUGGAUGUUCAUUUGAGCUAGCUAACUACAAUGAAUGUUGCAAAUUUAAGCAAUCAAGACGUGCCCGUGAAUUAAUGAAUGCUUAUGUUAUACGUUCAAUGGUACAAGAACGAAUAGACGCUACAUCAGGAGACCAAUUCCUUUACGAUACAACAAGGUAUAUUCAAGGACGAAGGAAGAAAAUGUAUACUGUGUGGAACACAUUGACAAGUUCAAGACAAGUUAAUUAUGGUUCAAGAAUAGAUUUAAUAUUGUGUAGUUCGCAGGAUAUGCUCAAGUGUGUGUCAAAUGCAGAUAUUUGGCCCUUCAUUCUAGGUAGUGAUCAUUGUCCUGUUUUCACAGAUUUUGAUCCUUGGAAAGAGAGGUAUACAACCACUACCAGCACAAACUCAAUUGAAAGAUCCAAGCUCUUAUUUGAAGCCAAAAUUCAUUUCAAAUUGAACAAGACGCGAGACAUAUCUACAUUGUUUGGCGGUGGGAAAAAAAGAUCUAUUCAGUCAGAUAUAGGGACCUCAUCCAGUGUUGAGCCAACGUCACUGAAUACGCUGAAAACUCCAGAAUCACAGUCUAAUAUCGAUCCAUCACCUGCAACGGCAAAAAAGCCAAAGUUGAUAUACACAAGUAGAAAAAUAGUCAAAAAAGACACCAAACCAAGAGCAAUAAACGAUUACUUUACUUAG